AUUGGAUCAUAAAGGCGAAAAAACAUGCAGGAAUGCAGCCUCCAGUGAUAAUCAUAAUGAGAAUGAGAAGUUUGGAAUGCGAUGCGAUGGUGAUGUCGUGUAAGUAAAUGAUAGCCACCUGAAGAUGCUGCACGACUCCGCAAUUUCAGGUUCACACACCCGUCGAGGCACGCACCACAUUGCAAAUAUGACGACUUGACGAGUUUACGACAAAUAUUUACAAAGCAUCGCUCCGCAUGAUAGCUUUGAGGAUCGAGGAGCCGAAAUGAUGAUGGCUCAGCACGAGUUUUUGCCAUUGUGCGACGUCCUCUUCAACAUCAUCUCGCUAGCAUCUUACUUCUGCGAUGUGGUCUUUGACGCUGUCAUGGUCUACGCCCUGUACGAGCAGGGCCACAUCACCUGGUGCAUUCUGUCGCUCACCUUUGUCUUGGCCUCGAAUCUGCUGUGCCAAAGCAUGUCCCUUAGAUGGUACCUGCAAAACACGCAGCAACGUCCGGAGAAGGAGUGCAGUAGGGCCAGCCUUGUCACCGUGCACCUGAUGCAGUGCGGCAUUUUGUGGCGCUACUUUAAACUUUUCAUCCCUGUUGACUUGCGGUACAUCAAGCAUGAGGUCAGAGACCUGUGCAUGCUGCGACUCAUGCACGCCUUUUGCGAAGCUGCUCCGAUGCUUCUCAUCCAACUCUACUUGUUUUGGCAAAUGGUGUCACCAAAAGAAUUUUCUGAUCUUAAUAAGGUCUCAACUGCAUUGAGCCUUUUCUCCGUAUGUUGGGCGUUAGCAUCGUUCAGCAAAAACGUCCGACUCCACAAUGUCCAUCGUCUGGUAUUGACAUGGCUGGGUGUCAUCUUCCAAUUUCUGUGGCGCCUUGGCACCGUGACUGCCAGAGUUACAUCGCUUACUGUCUACGCCACCGUCUACCACCAUUGGGUGCUCCUGGUGAUCAUCCUGCACUGGCUCACCAUGUUCCUUUGGCUCAUCUCCCCGAAAAGUGUAUUCCACGGUGAAAACAUUUCCAGAUCACGCAAAGUGCAGUUGUCCGCAUUGGUGGCCCUCGUCUAUGUCUUUUGCUACAUCAAUUUGCAAGAGAACAAGCCGCGCCGAAAGAUGGCUGUUUUCUAUAUUGUUAUGUUCCUCGAGAAUGCCCUUCUCGUGUCCAUGUGGCUCAUCGGAGUGCACGGACUAACCCUGUGGUACAGAGACAUGGUGCUCAUUCUCAUCUUCCUGUCAUUCGUCUUUGGAAUUUGUUUCAUGCUGCUCUACUACAAAUUUUUCCACGUCAAGAGGCUUCGCUACACCCAAGCAAACCAAACCAUCAGUGACAGGAAAAGUGCCUUUGGUCAAAUACAAAGACCAGCGUUGCCUCCACACUGCAACAAUGGUCUUCCUGUGCCCGGUGGUGUUUUUAACUGUCGCUUCAACCCAGCAAUGAAGAGGAAAAAGAAGAAGCCGACCAGUUUUGUGCCAGUUCCCGUAAUGCCCUCGUCAGUUGUGCGGCCACCCCAGCAGCAGGCGCCGUUCUGGAAACGGCCCAUAGCUGCUGUUCUGCCCAGCAUAUCCAGCGAAACCGAGGGGUCUGUUUGUUCUCGGGGUGUCAACAUUAGACAGAAGCUGCAGGAAAAGAAACAGCAGCAAAUGGCUGAGUUGAGGGUCAUUGAAGAGGAAAUCCAGCAAGGCAAGCUGCAGCAAAGACCAAACAAUGAACAGCCGUUGAGCCAGCCCAUUCCGAGAGCCAAGAAGCAGCCAUGGCCUGCUUCGAGGCCCUACUUGGUUCCGCCACCUCCACCGCACAAACAGCACCGGGCGCAGACUCCAGAGAUCCUGCUAGCGCCUCGUUUCCUCGACUACAGGGACUGGGAAGAGGAAGACGACUGCGAAAGCUCCGGAGAGAGGCGCCAAGAAAAGUCUCUCUACAAGUCUUACCGGAUUCCUUCUGAUAUUGACAGUCAGAUUUCACUGCCAAGAUCGUACACUCUUCCAAGGGAAUUCAAGUAUUACAGAAGGACGAGGAGUAGGAAAAUAAUCAAGUCCGACCAUUUCAUCACUUCUAACAACUCCAGCGAUGGUGAUGUUGAUUCAGUUGAUGAUAAUGAAGUGGACGAUCUGGAGCAAAGGAAAUCUCCAAAACCUCAGGGCAUUGCAGUGAGAACAGUAAAAAGUAGACCAUAUUACCAAAACUAUCGUGGAUAUGGCUUUAGGGACCACCAUGAAACACAGCUGUAAAAUUUUGUACAAAUGAUAUGACAUCAAAUACUCUAUUUAUUUGUCUAUGCUCUGUAUUAGGAUUAUCACAGUACACGCCAUAUAUAAACAAACCAUACAAGUCUAUUGACAGGGCCGCUAUCACUUGGUUCAAGGAUAGAAAAAGUACUUACAAAAACUGACAUUGGUAAUUUGAAUUAUUUUUAUCUGUCUAAAAAAUGCCUAUUGUGCCUAAUUUUAAAUAUUGACAUUGAUAUAUUUCUCAUAUUACAAGCCUUUCGUAUUAUGAAAAUACAAACAAAGCCAUCUGUAGAUUGUAAUUUAAUGUGUAUACAAAAUAUAAUAUGUAAAUAACAAUAAUCCAUCCAUGGAAGAAGACUGAAUUACUUUUUAAGUAGCACAGAAAUGUAAUUUAAUAGAAAAUGCAGCUGAAUAAUUGUUUGUGCCUUUCAACAAUAUUUUUGACUGUGACAAUGUUAAAUAAUACACUGGAUGCAGUUGCAUCCUUUAUAUAUACAUAUAAGAGACAAAAUAAAUUUUUAAUGACAAUUUUA